GUUCAGUGUCUUUAGCAGUGUCAUGAUGUCUGUUUCCAGGUGGUGCUCCACAUAUCUCAGACAUGAGGAUUGUGCUGCUGGGAAGCAGAUGGGAGGGGAAGAGUUCAUCAGGAAACACCAUCCUGGGAAGAGAGGAGUUUGAUACCUCAGGAAGAACAACUGUGUGUGUGAAGAGAGAGGGAGAAACAGCAGGGAGACACAUCACUGUAGUGGACACACCCGGAUGGGUUAGCGGUCUCUUUGUAGUGGACACUCCUGAACAUGAUAAACAAGAGAUUGUCCUCAGUGUGUCUCUGUGUCCUCCAGGACCCCAUGCUGUACUGCUGGUCAUUGAUGUGACUGCUUCAUUCACAGAGACACACAGAAUAGCAGUGCAGGAACACCUGGAGCUUCUGGGUGAGAGAGUCUGGGGUCACACUAUAGUGCUAUUCACCCGUGGGGACUGGCUGGGAAACACAACCAUUGAGCAGCACAUCAAGAGAGAAGGAAAAACUCUGCAGUGGGUUGUAGAGAAAUGUGGGAACAGGUAUCAUGUUGUAGGGAAUAACAAGAGCGAUGGUGGCCAGGUGACAGAGCUGCUGCAGAAGAUAGAAGAGAUGGUGGCAGGAAACAGAGGCCUUCACUUUGACUUUGAUGCAAAGAUUAUGAAAGAACUGACAAUGAAGAAGAAGGAAGACGAGAGAGACCCCAUGCUGUACUGCUGGUAUCAUGUUGUAGAGAAUGGCAAGAGCGAUGGUGGCCAGGUGAAGGAGCUGCUGGAGAAGAUAGAAGAGAUGGUGGCAGGAAACAGUGGAGGGCACAGUAUGGAUCAUCCUCCUAAACUUAGAGAAGGCCUACCUGAUGAAUACUCAAGCGGAGAUGCUGGAUAUGACUCUGCUAAUUUAGGACUUGAAGCUAAGCACAUAAAGUCCUUUAAGCAGCUGAGCGCUGCUGCCUCGACUCAAAGCUCUGGACAACAGAAGCCUUCCUUGAUACCAGCAGAUAGAAAAGCACCAUGUGCUGAGCAGAAAGUCUUCGAAAGAAAAGUUCCAUUUGUGGAUGUGUCGACAAUAUCUGUAAAUGAUGAUGAACUCAUCGGAUGUGGCUCCUAUGGAACAGUUUACAGAGGAUCAUACCAGGGAACUCCUGCUGCUGUAAAGAAGAUAAAAAUAGGCAACAAUCCAGGGACUACAAAUGAAUUAAUUAUACCUGGGUAA